AACCCCAUUCAACAUAGUUUGAUACCUUUCGUGUAAGAAGUAGAAGAUAAGCCAAGAAGUAGAAGAGGAGAAAAUGGGAAGAGAUAUAACAUGCACAUUUUAAUAGUUUGUCUCAACUGUAAAUAUGGCUGUCUUUCUAGAUCCCAUUUCUUGCCAAACACAGGUGAGACCCUAAUCAUGUUUCUGAAUUAUGCCACUUCAAACGGCCAGGGUGGAAUUCAUAUACUGAAAUGUUUCUCUGUGUUAAAAAUAUUAGCUGCUUUCAUGUAGAAAGCUAGAAGAAUGCCAGCCUGGUACACAAUGUAGAAAACCUGGAUAUGAUAAAAGUGCUAAGAACAUCAAAAUGUAUCAGGACCAUCUAAUUUUAAGCUUUCAGAAGACAACUGGUCAAUGGGAAAGGGGAACAUGUGACCAGACUUCAUUCUAAAUUAAGGCUGUGGAGAAACUGGGGAAAAACAACUCAUCAAAGAGAUUACAGUUUGAAAGUCUGAAGAAUUGCAGACUUUGAUUCUGCCCCUGUGAACUUAAAGUAGUGUCUUCAAGUGGUGCCAGUUUAACAAGUACAGUGGUUGCAACUUGUGGUCUUCAGGGUAGCUGCAUAAAUAAGAACACUUUUUUUGCAUGCAUCAAGUAGAUUUGAAUGUCAUCCAAGCAAGCUGGCUAAGUGAAUCAUAGAGACCCGCCUUAUAAAAAAUGCAUAAGACACUUAUAAAUACAAUUACCUUUCCUCAAGGUAGUAAAGGGACAGUACAUGACCCAAUAAGCUAAUGAAAAAUUUGGAAAGAGUCCUGCCCAAUCCUUUCUGCAAGUCUAUCAGAGGUAUCCUUUCUUUCCAUACACAUACAUUCCAAAUUAUGUGGCCCAAAACACAAAAUAAUAAUAACCUAAAAAUAAAGCUGGAAAAAUUACUUUUUUGGGCUACAGUUUCCAGAAUCUCCAUGACAGUUUGGCCAAUAAAACUUGAAGAUGAACUUUGACACCAACAGUGAAGUUCUAAAAAUAUGAAUGAUAGCAAGUACAAGCUUGCUGAAUUGCUUCUUUAUUGAUCCCAGGUGCAGAAACUUCUUUAAAGGUUUGAAAACACAGUAAAACAUUUUGUGCAUCAUAUCAUAAAGCUUGUUUGACCUUUCCUGUGGUAGCAAGAUGGGUUCAUGGGUUCACAUUCCCUAAAAGGCCUUGAAGGUGGCAGUUUGCACCAUUACUGACCCUGCAUUAGUUCCUGUUUUGGGAAUUUUGUAGGUUCAGCACCAGCCAUCAGUAGUGCUUCCUGUAGGUUCAGUGAAGCAGUAACAUAUCCAGUAUUGCUAAUGCUCUGUUCUAGUGAGAGGACCGACAAAAGUUGCCCUGUGCUGUUCCAAAGCCAGGAAACGGUGAUGAUGGGCUUCAACUACCCCAAUAUCUGUUGGAAGAGAAAUUCUGCUAAGCAUGGAAUCUUCAAAAAUUUCUCCAUGUGCCAUCACAGACUACUUCAUUUUUUGAGAAGAUGGAUGAAGGAAAAGGGGAUCACAUUCCUUGAUUUGAACUUAAAUAGUAGAGAAGAGGUUGUCAAUGAGAUUAAGACAGCAGGAGUUUGAAGUAAAGUAUAAUAACAGAAUUCAUUAUAUUAUCGAAAGUCAGAUGUGAGCAUAGUUGAUUAUUUAUCCAUUCCUGGCCACUGCUGAAACUUGGGCAUGCAGGCUCAGAACUGAGUCAAUGAAAACACCCAAGCCGCUGUGAGUCUGAGAUUUCAGGGACAGUGUAACCCCAUCCAGCACAGGCAGAGUCUCUGUUUUGAUGUGUCUUACGAAUAACCAACAGCACCUCUCUCUCUCUUCUGGAUUAAGUUUCAGUUUGUCAUCUAGUUUUUACUGGUAACAGAUAUUGGUUCAGUACAGAAACAACUUCCUUAGAAUCAAAUGGAGAGAAGAGAUAAAGUUGGGUGUCAUCAGUGUAUUGGCAACAUCAUACCCUGCCAGAAUUCCAGCCCUGCUCUCUUUCAACCCAGCUACUUAUGCUGCCCAUGGAUAAACCAAACUGGCACAACUUAGUUGAAAUCAGCACAGGAAAUUAUGCUAAUGAGGGGGGAAGGAAGGGCUAAAGAGCCUUUUGUAGAUGUCCCAAGAGAGAGAUGAGGCGCAGAAUAGGAAAGGGUUCUGCUGAAGUUGCUGCACACUGGGGAUGAGAAUACUGAGGAAUGCUUUGAUGGAGUGAUUUUGGAAGUACAAUAAGUAUUGGUAGUACUGUGGUAAUUCCAAAUAUGACCCCUCUUAAAAAACUGAGAUGAGCCAGCUCAUAAGAUUGGGUUUUAAACAGAUUUUUUUUUUUAAAUACACAUAAAAAACAGACAGGCUUUGUAGUGCUAUUUUUUUUAAAAUCCAGAGAAAUGAUGGAUCACUUGAAAGACAUUUUAAUAUGGUUGCCAUAUUGAUGUUUAGCCAUCUCAUUCCACAUGGGCAGAUUAAUUCAUCUCAUAGGCUUUAGACCUCUUCCAGGAACAGGAUGGGGCCACCAUCACUUCUAUGCUCGAAGCAGUGUGGCAGCCAUGGUUCUCUUUUUGAACUCAACACUUCAGUGAUGAUGCUUGAAGUCAGUUGUUCCAGAGGAACAAAAAUCUGUUGAGAUGCCCUGAAGGGACUGAAUUGUGAAUACAGUGAGCCAUCCCCAUUUGCUAAUAUUAGAGGCACAAGACCCUUGUGAAAGUGGGAAAACUGCAAAUAAAAAAACACAGUAUUAUUAUUUUUUUUACUUCUAAGAAUCUCUAGGUGUUCCAGCACAACUCUGUUAUCCAACAUCUGGCAGAUGUUGACCAUAGAAUUAUACUGGAGGACCUUCAGAUAGCAAGAUUGGUUGGGGUUUUUUUUAGGAAUCUCUAGGUCCUCCAGCAUGACUCUGUCAUCAACCUCUAGCAGAGUCAUGCUGAAGCACCCAGAGAUUACUAGAGAUAACAUGUUAAUUAAAUCUGAAAAUAAUCAAAUCCGCAAAAGUCAAAGCUACAAGUGUGGAGGGCCAGCUGUAGUAUGAUAGGCUAGGACAGAAGGCAAUGGAAGAUCUAGACACAGUGACAUGGGUGGUUUAAUGAAACUUUUACUGGAUUCUGAGGAAUUACAGUCUAUGGAUAAACUAGAUUUGUGUCAAACCUCUCAGUAGGGACCAAUGAAUGCUCUCAUUUCAUUAACUGCUACCCCAGUGACCUUUGCAUUUCUCUCUCUUGCAGUAUGUGACCCACCAGAAGUUGCCACCCUAUCUUCCAUCAAUCAGUCAUGGACACUAAAACUGUACCCCCACAAGAAGCCUCCUUGACAGUUAAUGAGCAGGUGAUUGUAAUGUCAGGUCAUGAGACGAUUAGAGUGCUGGAGGUAGGUGUGGAUGCUCCACUCCCAGAAAAAAAUGAAGGCAAAACUGUGAAACAGACAGCAGUGGCUGGAGGAGAGGAUCAUGGGAGUUCUCCUUUAAAACCCAGUGGAACAGGAAGGGAAGAGGCAGAGAAAAACACAGAGAAAGUGUGCAGAGAAUCAGGGGGUGAAGCAAAAACAUUGCCUGAAGUAGCUCCUGCUCCUAUCCCUGGAGUGCUCCCCUUCAGCCAAGUGACAAGCCACCAAACACCAACUCUAACUCCCGUCACGGUGCAAGCCACACCACAGGUCUUGACUCAGGAAAACUUAGCAACAGUUGUGACAGGCGUAAUGGUUCCAGCAGGGGCAGUUACUCAACCUCUUCUUAUCCCCAUCAGUAUUGCAGGUCAAGUGGCAAGUCAGCAGGGGCUGGCUGUGUGGACAUUUCCUGCAGCAACGGUCGCUGCCCUACCAGGAUUGACGGCUGCCUCUCCUACUGGGGGAAUUUUCAAAUCACCUAUAGCCAAUUUGCAAGCUGCUGCAGUGCUGAACACAGCAAUACAAGCCCCUUUGCAGUCAACUCAGCCGGUCCAGGCACAGCAAACAGUUCAGCCAAGGCCAGCAGUCCAAACACAGACUGUGUUCCAGCCACAAGCUCAGCCAACCAUUUUGCCACAGUCUACUGCAGUGUCCACAUCACCAGUUAUCAAACCAUUGGAAACUCAAACUCAAAUAACGGUUCAGCCAGCGGGAUUUGCCUUUAAUCCUGGAAUAAUCAGUGCAGCUUCUCUUGGGGCUCAAACACAGCUUCUCAGUUCUCUGGCUGCCACACCAGUGAUUGCAAACACAAUUCCCAGCGUACAGGGGAUUACUGGGCAGAUUCUGACCAAUGCUCAGGGUCAAGUUAUUGGAACACUCCCAUGGGUGGUGAACCCAGCAGGCAUUGCUACAGCAAAUCCUGUCCCUGCCACAUUGCCAGCACAGAAUUUACAGUUGCAGGCAGUGACACCCCAGCUGCUUUUGAAUGCUCAAGGCCAGGUCAUAGCCACCUUGGCUAGCAGUACUAUCCAGGCAGCAGCAGCAGCAGCAUCUGUAAGAACACCCAGCACCCCAGAAUCUCCAGCAAAGACUGAGGUCCAGCCAAUUCAACCUGCCCCACCUUUAACACAACCAGCUGUGGUCAUUGCCAGUCCUCCCCCUGCAGCUAAACUAGCUUCUGCUCCCGUCCCCAUUACCUGCUCAGAGACCCCUACUGUCAGCCAGCUGGUUUCCAAACCUCAGGCUCCCAAUAAUGGAAGUGAUGGAGAUGGUAUAAACUUGGAGGAAAUUAGAGAGUUUGCCAAGAAUUUUAAGAUUCGACGGCUAUCUUUGGGCCUAACACAAACACAAGUGGGGCAGGCAUUAACUGCAACUGAAGGACCUGCAUACAGCCAGUCUGCUAUAUGCAGGUUUGAAAAGUUGGACAUCACUCCCAAGAGCGCCCAGAAGCUGAAGCCUGUAUUAGAGAAGUGGUUGAGCGAGGCUGAGCUGCGGAACCAGGAGGGCCAACAAAAUCUGAUGGAAUUUGUAGGUGGCGAGCCCUCCAAGAAACGUAAACGUCGCACAUCUUUCACGCCACAGGCCAUUGAGGCCCUCAAUGCCUACUUUGAGAAGAAUGCCCUGCCCACUGGCCAGGAGAUCACAGAGAUUGCCAAGGAGCUCAAUUAUGACCGCGAGGUAGUCCGGGUCUGGUUUUGCAACCGGCGACAGACACUCAAAAACACCAGCAAACUCAAUGUCUUUCAGAUCCCUUGAGGGUUGGACUGAAAAGCCUUCCAUAACCUUACAUUGCUGCUGUGAGCACUUUGUGGCUAACUUCCCUUUGCACCUGCUGAUCCUUUUUCAGUGAUGACUGACAUGGAAGAUGCGAGGCAGGAAGGAGUGCCUCCUGUUUUGAUAUCCUUUUUGCCUCACAUGGCCCAGUUGUGUACAUGUCAGCUGUGUCCUUUCUUCUCCCUGAAUGUCGUGCUGGAGCUGUGAAGGGUUUAGAAACACAUACGCCUUUAGUUUCUUUCUGUGUAAGACAAAACCAUCAUCAGGUUUAUGUCUUUUUUAAAAAAAAUGACUUCCUGUGUUUUUAUAUGAAAAGGUAGCAUUGGGUCUGACACCUGAUUUGCAUUCACCAGAAAUUCCUGUUUCCCUACAAGAAGAAAUGUGUAAAAUUCUGUUUCAUUUCAAACUUUUUUCAUAGACAGUUUUAUCUCUUCAUUCAUAGGAACAAGCUCAGCUAACACUAUCUAAACAGAUUAGUGUCAUAAUUUAUAUCUCUUUCUUGUGAAGAUUAUUAUUAUUAUUAUUAUUAUACAGAGCACUAUUAAACUAAAAGACUUUUUAUU